AGAGCUGUUUUUAAUCACCACAGACACUAUUCAGAGACAAAAUUGUUUAUUUUCUUUAAACUGUCCGUGAGGCGUGUCCCUGUAAGAUUAAGCGACGUCCACAUCAUGAGCGCGUUCGGCGCGCGGAUGUUAAAGAUCUGCGAGGCGCGCGUCGCGUCGCUUCUGAUGACGUCAUCGACGCGUCAGUAAUGGCUGUGAGCGAGAGAAGGAAGAUUACAGAAGACACUCUCUCCGUGUUUGAUCAGUUUUGUCCUCUCCGAUGUAUUUGAGGUUUAUUUCCAGGGUUUUUUCAGCGAUGGCUGGACCGAGGCCUGUGGUGAUGAGUGGACCGUCUGGAGCUGGCAAGAGCACUCUGCUGAAGAAGCUGCUCAAGGAGUUUGACGGCGUCUUUGGCUUCAGCGUUUCCCAUACGACGCGGAGCCCCCGUCCAGGAGAGGAGAACGGCAAAGAUUAUCAUUAUGUUACCAGGGAAGUGAUGCAGGCGGCCAUAGCAAAGGGGGAAUUUAUCGAAAAUGCUGAAUUUUCAGGGAACAUGUAUGGAACAAGUAAAGCAGCUGUACAGGCUGUUCAAGCCAAAAAUUUGAUUUGCAUUUUGGACAUUGACAUGCAGGGAGUGAAUAACAUUAAGAGAACCGAUCUCAACCCCAUCUAUGUGUCCAUCCAGCCUCCGUCAAUGGAAACCCUGGAAAAACGAUUAAGGGAUAGAAAAACCGAAUCUGAGGAAAGUCUACAAAAACGUUUACGUGCCGCCAAAGUUGACAUGGAAAUAAGUAAAGAGCCAGGUUUAUUUGAUGUACUGAUUGUCAAUGAUGAUCUUGACCUAGCGUAUGGGAAAUUAAAAGACGCUCUUCUUGAGGAAAUCCAGAAGGUCAGAGACACCAACAAAUCAUAGCACACGUAAUCCCUGGGUUAAAGGUCAGAAACAUGAAGAUUCAACCAAGAAACACUCUGAAAGUCCUUUUUUUUUUGUUUUUUUAUAUAUAUUUUUUAUAAAAAAUUUUAUAUCUUUCUAGCAUGUCCACUAAUUUAUAGUUUAUUUUCUGUGCUCAUAUUUUAUUGUAACUCAUUCUUUGAUGUUGCAAACACAACGCAGCUUUCCAUUCACAGUAUUUUAACACUCAGAGCUAUUAUCUGCACAUACGAGCAGCGCGUUGCACCUGCUUUCCCUCAAAUAUAGUUGCAUCUGAACAUCUGACAUCGUACAAGUCGAGGAAAAGCGUAGUUUCUAAACUAAUACCUAUUUCUUAAAUGCUGGAAAUGGUUGCGUCUCAUCAUGUUCCACAUGCACGUUACAUGCACAUUACUCCGAACCCGAUUACGCUCUGUAUUUCACUUGAAUAUGUUUACUAGCUUUUGAAGUUUUAUAGAGUUCAAAGCUGAUGCAGGCUUUGUUUCAGGUGCAAGGCAGCUUAUAAACACAGCCACACGUCUCUUUAGCAGACAUUAUUAAUUCUUUCAGUCUUAUACAGCUGAUUGUUCCAGCAGUUCUGAUCUAUUCCUGUUAAUGUUAAACGUGACCAUCAAAUUAUGCGGAUUACCAAAAUAAUACAACAUUUCAAACUGAAACUGUAGACUACAUGCACAAUUCAUUUUAUCAUCAUGCUUAAUUUUACCUAAAUCGCACCAUUAUGUUUGUUAGUGUUUGAAACAUUUAUUAUUAUAAUGAAGGUAACAAAUCAAUGGAUUGGGUCUUUUGACCCACUGAUAGCACAGAAAGUGUAAUUAUAAAAUACAUAAAUGUAUUUUAAUGGUGGUUUCAUUUAAUGGCUAAAUGGUGGUUUCAGUCCUCCUGGUAUAAUGUAUAACAAUAGUUUUAAAAUGGGCUUUUAUGUUUUUCUGUUGAGCGCGCACACACACACACACACACACACGCACGUUUAUAUUUGUUUCUCCUGACCUUUAAAGUACUGUAUGUCACUCAUUGAGUGUGGAAAAAGAUGUAAUAUAAUAACUUGUGAUGUACAAUCCUACAAAUGAAACAUGAAGUUUAUCAGAAUGUAACAAAGGUUUUCUUAAAAUGGCAUAGUUUUAAAAACUGAGCAGACACCAGCUGUUUGUGGCGUGUAGAGCGACCUUGUGUACCUUGUGUACGUCGUCUUUAUUUUGAGAUAUCAUGUCAUUCCUUGGUGCAUCUUAAACAUUUCCUUGAAAGAAAUCUGUCAGAUGUUUGUGGUGUCUGUGGAUUCUGAGAAAUGCAGUUAAUGUCUCAAAACAACGUCUGAACCAAAUGUUACCUUUUUUCUCUCUCCUUUUUUAUUCUAGAACUUUUUACCUGUGUAAUAAAACUGCUCCAUUACAGUGAA